AUGACAGCAACAGUCUUUGCAUAUUCAGAAUCAGCCGACGUUGCAAACGCCGUAGGAAAGUAUAUAGUUUCCCACCAAAAAGAAGCACUCAAAGCACAUGGUUCAUUCAACAUUGCAAUUUCAGGGGGCUCACUUGGAAAAGUUUUAAAGAAAGCAUUGAUCGAUAAUGCGGAGAUUGCAAAGGAAGUAGAAUGGGCUAAUUGGAAUGUGUAUUUCAGUGAUGAGAGAUUGGUACCAUUGGAUCAUGAUGAUUCAAACUAUGGAUUGUUCAAUGAAAUGGUUUUGAAAAAUUUGCCUGCCAAUUCUGCAAAACCAAAUGUACACACGAUUGACGAAUCUUUAUUGACAGGUAAAGAUGGUCAAGCUGGUGAAGGAGCGGAUCAAAAGAAAGACGAUGAGAUUGCACAUAAGUACGCAGCCACAUUACCAGACAAGUUCGAUGUGAUUUUAUUAGGGUGCGGUCCCGACGGCCAUACAUGUUCCUUAUUUCCAGGACACAAGCUUUUAAGUGAACGUGCAUCUCUUGUUGCAAGCAUAAGCGACUCUCCAAAACCACCACCAAGAAGAAUCACCAUCACAUUCCCGGUGUUGGAGAAGGCGACAUCGAUUGCUUUCGUUGCUGAAGGUUCUGGAAAAGCACCUAUUUUGAAGGAAAUCUUCACAGAUCCAGCAAGCAAAUUGCCAUCAAAGUUGGUAAGUGAACUCACAACAGGAGUUGAUGUCAAUUGGUUCGUUGACUCCUCAGCAGUUGAUGGAGUUAACAUUCGUACAAGUAAAUAUUAG